AUGGAGGACAGCACAUUUAAUAAACUAGUUGAACAAGUUUAAUCAUAAUUGACUGAAUUGCACGAUAAUGUGGAAUAAUUUGAUCAAGAUCAUAAAGAUGUUAAUAAUUCUAGUAUUGGCCAAGACGUCAUUGAUUUGCAAGAUCAGAUACAAAACCUACUUAAACAACUCCAAAAUAACAUGCAAAGACUUGACAAUAACACGGGACAUCUAUCAGGUCGUCAACAGAAAAUGAAACAAAUCAAGUAAUUCUACAAAAAAGAGAUCGACAAAUUUACCUAAGUGUGCAAGCAAGUGGAACAAAAAUUGCAAAUGAAAAGAAAGACUAUAGCCAUGAACUCGUAAGCUAAGUGGAAUGACCCUAAACCAAAACCUGCUGAUGAAUUGUAAGAGUAAUUGAUGCAUGAUUAAUAUGAUGUUGAUAAUCAGAUGAUAAGAGAGAGAGAGGAAGAGAUUCAAAGAAUUGAUCGUGAAGCCCAAAUGCUUAAUAAAUUAGUGGGAGAAUUGGCUUUUGAGGUCAACAAAGCAGAAGAAAUUCUUGAUAUCAUUGAUGUCAACCAAAAAACUGCAGAUUAGAACAUAAAGGGUGCCAUUGUUGAAUUAGACAAAGCCUAAGAUUCAUAGAAGUCGACAACUAAGAAAUGGAUUGUUUUAGCUGUUUGUGCAAUCAUUCUUGUAGGAGUAUUAGUAACAAUUCUUGUUCUAAAAUUGCAUUGA